AUGAAUAUCUCAACUAAAAGAAAGGACUUCAUGAUAGUAAAUAUGGGGCCUCACCACCCAUCAAUGCACGGUGUUCUUAGACUUAUUGUUACUCUAGAUGGUGAGGAUGUUAUUGAUUGUGAACCGAUAUUGGGUUAUUUACACAGAGGAAUGGAAAAAAUAGCGGAAAACCGAACAAUUAUACAAUAUCUGCCUUAUGUAACACGUUGGGACUAUUUAGCUACUAUGUUCACAGAAGCAAUAACUGUAAAUGGACCAGAACAGUUGGGAAAUAUUCAAGUACCUAAAAGAGCCAGCUAUAUCCGAGUAAUAAUGUUGGAGUUAAGCCGUAUAGCUUCUCACCUACUAUGGCUAGGACCUUUUAUGGCAGAUAUUGGUGCACAAACACCUUUUUUCUAUAUUUUCAGAGAAAGAGAAUUCAUAUAUGAUCUAUUUGAAGCUGCCACAGGUAUGAGAAUGAUGCAUAAUUUUUUUCGUAUCGGAGGGGUAGCGACUGAUCUACCUUAUGGUUGGAUAGAUAAAUGUUCUGAUUUCUGCGAUUAUUUUUUAACAAGUAUUGCUGAAUAUCAAAAACUUAUUACGCGAAAUCCUAUUUUUUUAGAACGGGUUGAGGGCGUCGGUGUAGUUGAUGUAAAAGAAGUUAUUAAUUGGGGUUUAUCAGGACCGAUGCUUCGGGCUUCCGGAAUACAAUGGGAUCUACGUAAAGUGGAUAAUUAUGAAUGUUACGAAGAAUUUCAUUGGGAAGUUCAAUGGCAAAAAGAAGGAGAUUCAUUAGCUCGUUAUUUAGUUCGAAUUGGUGAAAUGAUAGAAUCCAUAAAAAUUAUUCAACAGGCUUUGGAAGGACUUCCCGGCGGGCCAUAUGAAAAUUUAGAAAUCCGCUGCUUUGAUAGAGAAAAAGAGCCAGAAUGGAAUGAGUUUGAGUAUCGAUUUAUUAGUAAAAAAUCGUCCCCGAGUUUUGAAUUGCCAAAACAAGAACUUUAUGUAAGAAUUGAAGCCCCCAAGGGAGAAUUAGGGAUUUUUCUAAUAGGGGAUCAAAAUGGUUUUCCUUGGAGAUGGAAAAUUCAUCCGCCCGGUUUUAUAAAUUUGCAAAUUCUUCCUCAAUUAGUUAAAAGAAUGAAAUUGGCCGAUAUUAUGACAAUACUAGGUAGCAUAGAUAUUAUUAUGGGAGAAGUUGAUCGUUGA